CACAAACAAAUCUGUCAUCCCACCUUUUGGUGCCUUAGUUGAUCUUGAAUCUUGUAUACUUCAACAUCAUCCAACGUCCACCUUUCGCCAUUCUCAUUGCAAUCACGUCUUUGAUAGUAUCCUUCUGAUUGGUACAUCUUUUCCAUCCCCACUACUGAUCUGUCACCACCUGUGCACGGGCGAUAUCCCGACCCAGGCAAUCAUGUACUCCCGGAAGGACUACAACGCGACGGAAUGUGGCAUGUACGCCAGGGAUGAUAAGGAUACAACGUCCGCAACGCUCAAGCAUCUCGAAUACCUUCCAUCCUCGGCCUCCACCGCAAAACCAUCCGUAUUCUCAAUCCCACGGACCUCUCGCGCCCGUCUCUCCCAACCAGACGUCUCACCCACUCCCUUCCCCGAUGAACCGAUCCCAGUACCUGCUGCGGCGGAUGUGGGCAAACUCCCAUCAUCCAGCACCGUCCUCUACCUUGCCUAUGGCUCCAACAUGUGCGCCGAAACCUUCCUCGGCAUGCGCAAGAUCCGUCCCCUCAGCCAAGUAAACGUCUCGGCGCCUUCGAUCCGUCUGACCUUCGACCUGCCCGGUAUUCCUUAUCUGGAGCCCUGCUUCGCCAACGUCGCUUUGCGGAAGCUGCCCAGGAAGCCACCAGUGAUUCCUAUCCCGCCUAUCGAUCCGCCCCAUCUUCCAUCUCCGGGACCCCAACCACCGGCCCAGGGAAACUCGGGGGGAAAAAGUGCAGCCGACUCGGAUUGGAACAUGGACACGGGCGGUCUUAUCGGCGUAGUCUACGAAGUAACAGCAGAAGACUACGCCCGCAUCAUAGCGACCGAAGGCGGCGGAGCCAGCUACCACGAGAUCUUGGUCCCCUGCAUCGAACUGCCCGCGCCCGUUCGGAUCCCCGAACACCCCCGCCCGGACUUGCCCAAACCUUUUCUGGCGCGGACGUUGUACGCUCCUCAGGUGCCUGACCUCCCCGACGACGAUGGCAACGAUCCUAAGCACCCCUACCCGAAGCCUCCCGGAGGCUUGGAUUCUACUACUAUUACCGGCGGAGACUCCGACCCCAAAGACCCCAAACAACCACCCAAACUUCCCCCCAAAUGGCGCCAGGCGUUAUCUAAACUCCUCCUCCCCAUACACCGCCCCCAAACUCCCCCGACUCAACCUUCCCUCCGCUAUCUUACCCUCCUCCGCUCCGGCGCCAUCGAGCACGAACUCCCGCCCGCUUAUCAGUCCUACCUAAACAACCUCGAACCCUACACCGUCACCUCCACCCGGCAGCAACUUGGUCGGCUGAUAUUCAUGGUCGUCUGGAUGCCGCUUUUCUUCAUUGUGUUGAAGUUUACGAAAUGGGUUGCUGAUGAUAAGGGCAAGGUUCCGGGGUGGGUUGCGGGGAUGAUGAGCGUGAUGAUGCAUUUCGUUUGGGGGAGCUAUGAUUUUGUAUUCAAACCGCUUUUUGGAGAGGGGGAGAGGACGGUUCAUGACGGUGAUGGGGAUGAUGGUGAUGACGGUAAGGGUGGAGAGGAGAAGAAGGGGCGGGUGAAUGGCAGAAAGAGAUCGGGGUCUUGGUUGAGUAGACGAAGAAGUGAGAUGGUAGUCGAUGAUGAGGAGAAGAGGUGUUUGUUGGGUAAUCUUGUGGAGGAUUCUGAAUGAGAUCCGGGACAAGGUCUGGUUUGAUGCAUGGUUCAAGGUUUAAUUUUGGGGUCGUUGCACUCUGCACAGUUUACCUGGAUACUAUAUCGACAUGGCUACACCAUCCCGCGAGGAAGGAUCUUCUCCUUAGAAUUGUGAAUGAUUUUAUGUUCCUCAAUGGUAUCCGACACGCUAUGGCACGCAUAAAACCGAACCCGUAUAACACGAUGAACUCAAAUGCCGUUCCCCACACCUUGGAACAGUGGAACUCCCCCGACAACAGGCUCGAUGCACUUUAAAAACCCCAAAGUACCUAAACCGCCGUAAAACGCCCCAUGAUCGCAACCCGAACCGAUAUUUGCAUCUCUUUUCCAUGUCUUUUACUUGAAAAGCUUGGGAAUCUCCUCCACCUUAAUCUCCUGGUCGAUGAUGCGUUCAACAGCCAUGAAGACGGGGUAACGCUCCUCGGCGCCCUUGGCACGGAGGAAGCUGCUGACCUCGCGGGUAGUGGAGAUACCCUGCAGCUUCUGUCCGUUAAGCUCCGUCUUCUCAACCUCCUCAAUGGGCAGGUUGCGCUCCACGGCCAACUUGGAGCACCUCCAGUUGCGGGCGGAAGUGCAGCUCACGAUCAUGUCACCCCAGCCGGCACUUUCCUCCCAGAAGGUCCUGGGUUCGAUCUGGCCGGGGAAGAACUCGUUGGCGAAACGAAUAAUCUCCUGCAUGCCGCGGCGCAUGACGGCCGUCUUAGCAGUCAUGUUCCAGCCGUGUCCCUCGACAUAGCCGCAAGCAAUGGCGACAAUGUUCUUGAGCGCACCAGCCAGCGAGACACCGACAAUGUCUGACACCAUGGAAACAGUGAAGUAGGGGCGGCUGAAGAGCAGCGACCACUCAUCGUGAUCCAGAGGAGGGUAGUCGAGCGGCAGCGGCGUGAGUUGCUUGGUGUGGUCGUUAGACUCGCCGUUGCCGACCGGCCUGCCGUUCUCGUCGCGCCUGUCAACCAAGGGGGUGUUGUAGGCAAUGGUGGUCUCGCACCACUGCUCGUUGGCAAUCUCGCUGGCAAUGUUGGCACCGCUAAGGGCACCGCAGUAGAUGUUGAGAGCGUCGCUGACGUAGUUGCAAAUAAGCUCGAUCUUGUCGUCGGUGACGGAGACACCCUUGAUGCAGCUGAUGCCGCGAGCAUAGGGCGCAAUGUGGUCCUUGAUCUGUCUGCAGAUGUUGCCAAUGAACUCAUGGGGAAGGUUGAAGAUAAGGAUGCUCGAGUCCUUGACGGCGUCUACCAGCGAAGGGUUGGCGACAAGGUUGUGGGGCAACGGGAUGCCGGGGAGGUAUUUGACGUUCUCAUGAUAUGUGUUAAGGAUGUGGGUGAGCUUCUGCGGUUGCUCGCCGAUCGAGGCAUCAAAGUGCUUGGAGUCCUUGGGGAGAGUGACGUUCUCCUCGUAAACCCACAUCUGAACAUCCUUCUCGAACGUAUCGGGGUGCUCUGCGCAGUUCUCGGCAACGAGCUUGGCCACUGUGGUGCCCCAGUUACCGGAACCGAUGACGGUAACCUUGUGUUUCUUGAUGAAGUUGUUGACAGUCAUUUUGGCGACUUGAGAGUAUCUGCGGACAGGGAGGUGUCGUGUAUUAUUCAGAGGAGGAGCAAGGGAGGCUCUGCUACUGCGGGUGGACCAGAGGGACGAAGCUGGCUCAAGAACGUCGGCACGGGUUGCGAUUUGGGGGCUUCGGGGGAGUUGUUGGUGAAAAGGAGAAGUUGGCUUCGAAAUAGCGGCCGAAGACUGGACGUAAAACCGACGGCGGAGCGCUGAGUGGGUAGGCGGGGACGAGAACGAUAGAGGUAGUUUUGGGCCUUGACCCUGUACAAGAUAAUGGAAGACGGAGGCGGCGUCUGAGCUCAAGAUUCGGCUUCUGUAACGAGCCUGAUGGAGAAGGGGUUGUCCGAGACGGGAACAGUUCAUCUGAUA